AUGAUGCACACACCGACAAAAAACCCCACUGGUGUGGGAGAGCAAACGAACGGAAGUGCUGCUGAAAAUGCCUUGGGCACAGUGAGUGAACAAAAAGAAAAACAAAAGAAGAAAGUGCAAAGUAAGAGAACUGGCGAAGAACUAAAAGUGAUGUGGAUCAAAUUGAAUGCAGUGAAGAAUAAAUUGAAUCGCGUGUACGAGAGUUUGCUGCAUAGUGCCGAGAAUCCGAAUCCCAACUUGAAAUCGAAGCAGUUCCUUCAGUUGCAGUUACGAGCGGUGGAGAAUGUGUACACGGAGUACAACGCACACCAUCAGCGGAUUUACGAAGCAGACGUCGACGAUGAGACCCGAGAGCAAGCGGAGGUAGCGUAUGUCCAAUUUGAGCAGCAACACGGUGAGUCGUUCAUUUUGAUUUCUAAACUGAUUGACGAUCUAACGAGGAACGAAGAGCACGUCGCUCGCUCUGCGAUGGCAUUGCCGACUCCUGUCACCAGCACACACUUACCACCACUGAAAGUACCAUUGCCCACCUUUGACGGUACUUACGAGAAUUGGUAUGCGUUUCGCUCAAUGUUUGAAACUGUCAUGAGCCGAUACAGUUUUGAGUCCCCUGCUAUAAAACUGUACCAUCUACGGAACUCACUUGUUGGCAAGGCUGCCGGUAUUAUUGACCAGGAAAUUAUAAACAACAACGACUAUACAGCAGCUUGGCGUUUGUUGAUAGACAGAUUUGAGGACAAACGAUUGAUAAUAGACAAACAUAUUGAUGCACUUUUUAAUCUCCCGACUCUGACUAAUGAAAAUGCAAUUGAGUUGCGAAGACUGAUAGAUACCUGUACAAAAAACGUUGACGCUCUCAGGAAUCUCGGACUACCUAUGGGUGACUUAGGCGAAUGCAUGCUCAUCAAUCGCAUUGCUUCAAAACUUGACCCAGAAACCAGAAAGGCGUGGGAAUUAGCUCAAACUGCUGGAGAGUUGCCAGAUUAUGACGACACCAUUGAAUUCCUUCGUGAACGAUGCCGAGUAUUAGAAAAGAUUCGACUUCCAAUGAAACCCGUUAUCAAGAAUUCAAGACUUACAAGAGAUUUCCAAGAAACGAAAGUAAAGGCAAGUGUGCUGGUUGCAACUCACAACAAAUGUCCUCAAUGUCCGAAGAGUCACAAACUUUGGGAGUGUGAUGAUUUUAAAAGUGCUAGUUUGUCUGAUAAAUACGCUACCCUCCGCCGCAGUGGCCUUUGUUUUAAUUGUUUGCUGCAAGGUCACAGAUCGCCAGAUUGCUCCUCCCAUAGUACGUGCAAGAAAUGCAAGAAACGUCAUCAUACUUUCCUGCACCCUGAUGAUGGUUUCAAGAAGCCCAGCAGGCCUGCUGGUGAAACAUCGUCUACGAAAUCGGAAGAACCGAAACCCGAACAACCGUCGAGGGAUGACAACGAUGAAAUGAACCGCUCCAAUUUUUGCGUCCAACCGAGAGAUUUUGACAGGCAGAUUCUCCUUUCGACAGCAAUGGUUCUUGUUCAUGGCAAAGGCGAUCAACUCUACCCCUGUCGUGUUCUCCUUGACUCGGGUUCUCAUACUAGCUUCGUGACUGAACAAUUUGCGACGUUAUUGGCUUUGAAAAGAAUUCCGGCUAAGUACAGCAUUAGUGGUUUGAAUGACAUCCAAACGAAGGUCCGUUCCAAAGUCCAUACGAAGGUGGAAUCUCGUAUCGCCAACUAUUCUGUUUGUCUUGAGCUGCUUGUGGUACCCAAAAUUACUGGCAAUCUUCCGUUGACGAAAAUUGAAACUGCUGCUUUGAGUUUGCCAAACGACCUCCAACUUGCGGACCCUGAGUUUGAUGUACCUGGUAAAAUCAACAUGUUAUUAGGAGCGGAGGUAUUUUUCGACAUGCUGAAGUCUGGUCGGAUGCAUAUUCCUCGUUGUUCCGCUGUACUCCAAGAGACUCAAUUUGGCUGGGUUUUAAGCGGUUCCGUUCCCAUUGAAGCAAAUUCUGUCGUCCACUCGUUUUGUACCACCGUUACCGAAGAAAAUCUAGACCGAUUGGUAAACCGUUUUUGGGAAAUUGAGUCAUUUGGAAACGAUAUUUUCCCUCCUUCGACCACAGAACAAGAUUGCUUGCGACAUUUUGAGGAAACACACCGACGUGACUCUGAGGGACGAUUUAUUGUUCGGCUCCCUUUCAAUGACGACAAAAAUAGACUGGGCAACUCAAAACGCAUGGCUGAGAGAAGAUUCUUGGCUCUAGAGAAACGUCUCGAUCAAGCACCAGAAUUGAAGAAGCAAUACAGCGACUUUUUGAAGGAGUAUGAAGCACUUGGGCAUAUGAGGGAGAAUCGAACAGCCGACGUAAAUCAGACUCCAAGUUUCUACUUACCGCACCACUACGUUUUGAAGCCAUCCAGCACGACCACUAAGCUUCGCGUAGUGUUCGAUGGAUCUGCUUCUUCGGACUCUGGGGUCUCGAUUAACCAAACGCAGAUGAUAGGACCGAUUGUGCAAAAUGACUUGAUCGCUAUCCUGUUGAACUUUCGAUCGCACAGAUUUGCAUUCACCGCUGAUAUUCCUAAAAUGUAUCGGCAAGUUGCCUUGCAUAAACAUGACGUUUCCUAUCAGAGAAUCCUCUGGCGAGAGGAUAAGAGCCAACCUUUGAAGACCUUCGAUCUACUGACAGUAACAUAUGGUCUAGCAUCAUCCCCAUUUCUUGCUACCAUGUCACUGCGUCAACUAGCCAUUGAUGAACAAGAAAGCUAUCCAUUAGCUGCAAAGAUUGUACAGAAAGCAUGCUAUAUGGACGAUAUUCUAACGGGAGCAAACACUUUGGAAGAAACUAUCCAGUUGAAGAACCAAGUCGUCAAACUACUCAAGAGAGGUUGUUUCAGUGUGCAUAAAUUUGCUUCAAAUUGUAUCGAACUUCUGGCGGAUGUUCCUGAGGAGCAACGUGAAAGUGGCAUCGAAAUUGAAGAUCCAAGCAUCAACGUCAUUAUGAAAACGCUUGGUGUAGCUUGGAACCCCGUUGAAGACCAUUUCACGUUCGUCCUGUCCAAGUUAACCGAACCUGCAACAACGAAAAGAGAAAUCCUGAGCCAAAUAGCAAAAAUCUUCGACCCGUUGGGCUUCGUGGGCCCGGCGGUUACUGCAGCUAAGCUGAUCCUGAGGGAGCUCUGGAAUCUGAAUCUUGACUGGGACCAACAGGUUCCGGAACAAAUUGGGCAACUGUGGCGCGACUACUACAACCAACUGAAUUGUUUGAAUGGUGUUAGAAUCCCCAGAUGGAUUCUCGGUGAACAAACAGCGGUUAUCGAGCUCCACGGAUUUGCGGACGCAUCGGAUUUGGCGUAUGGCGCCUGUCUCUACUCUCGUUUGAUACGUCACAAUGGAGUAGCCGAAAUGAAGCUGAUAUGUAGCAAAGCACGAAUUCUACCCCGCAAGACUGGCAAUCAGAAGCAAAUUACGACACCACGUGCCGAACUGAUGGCAGCUCAACUGCUAACUCGACUGACAGCUAAACUAUUGACCUCGAUCGAAAUUCAAGUCCGAAGUAUUAUAUUGUGGAGUGACUCCCAAAUAGUUCUGUGUUGGAUCCGAAAACCACCUGAAACUCUUGCUCUAUUUGUUAGUAACCGAGUACGAGACAUUCAGAUUAUUGGCGAUCAAUUCGUCUGGAAAUACAUACCCUCGAUUUCGAACCCUGCAGAUUGCCUGUCUCGUGGUGUUCAACCGAAAGAUCUUGCUGCCCACACACUCUGGUGGAACGGGCCACCGAGUCUUCAAUCAACUGAACCAGACAUUGAACAACCGCUUACGAUAAAAGACGAAGAUUUGCCUGAAUUAAAAGGUAACAUUUUCCUGACGACGCUACCAAACACUCGGUUGCCACUAUUUAAUAAAAUUAGCCGUUUCCCAGUUAUUCAUCGGGCUAUGGCUUACGUCGUGCGUUUUUGUGAUUACAUCCGCAAUGGAAAGAAAACGCUAACCAAGGGUCUAUUGCAAGCUGACGAAAUGAAACGAGCGUCAACCCUUAUUUUGAGACUUGUCCAAGCUGAAAUGUUUGAAACAGAAAUCAAGUUAAUAAGAACCGACAGAUUAGUAAAAUCCCCGCUCCUCAAUCUUAGUCCGUUCAUUGAUUCACAUGAUGGUUUGCUUCGCGUUGGUGGUCGUCUGAAGAACGCACAAGUACCCUACGAAUAUAAACACCAAGCACUACUGCCAGAUAAGCACCCACUGACAAUAACACUGAUACGACAUCUGCAUCUUACGAACCUCCACGUUGGACAACGAAGUCUCUUAGCCAUCGUCAGGCAGCGCUACUGGCCCCUCAAGGCAAAGAAUCUUAUACGCAAGAUCGUACAUGAUUGUGUACCAUGUUACCGCUUGAAACCGAAAAGAUCCACACAGUUUAUGGGAGACUUACCAGAUUACCGUGUCCAACCAGCACCAGUAUUUACGAAUACUGGCCUCGAUUUCGCUGGACCGUUCAAGGUUCGUGCUACUACCAAGUUGAGAAGCCCUCAGACAACGAAAGGCUACAUCUGUGUGUACGUAUGUAUGGCUACCCGAUGCAUCCACCUUGAAUUAGUGUCCGACCUGACCUCUGAAGCGUUCCUUGGUUCUUUGCACCGAUUUGUCAGUCGCCGAGGCUUAGUAGAAAGAAUUUACUCUGACAAUGCUACAAAUUUCGAGGGUGCGAACAACGAACUACGACGUUUGGCUGCGUUGUUCCUAGAGGAGCAACAUCAACGUACGAUCAACGAUUUCACCACACAACGAGGGAUUCAAUGGAGCUUCAUACCGCCGCACAGUCCCCAUUUUGGUGGUAUAUGGGAGGCUGGCGUGAAGUCAGUUAAAACGCAUCUCAAGUUGAUACUCGCCGAACAUUGCCUGUCGUACGAACAAUUCUCAACGGUACUCGCCCAGAUAGAGUCAAUUUUGAAUUCUCGUCCUUUAUGCCCUCUGUCUGACGACCCAAAUGAUAUCCGUGCGAUAACGCCAGCGCACUUCCUGAUAGGAAGGGAAUUCCAAGCAAUCGCCGAACCGUCGUAUCAAGAUAUCCCAGCGAACAGGCUCUCUCGCUGGCAAUUCUUGCAAGAUCUCAAACAGAAAUUCUGGAAAAUCUGGAUGACCCACUAUCUACAUAAGCUCCAACAGCGUCAAAAAGACUUCAAACAUACAACGUUUAAAGAAGGAUCUCUGGUGCUGCUGGUCGACGAAAAUCUUCCACCUCUGCAGUGGGUUAUGGCCCGCAUCAAAGAGUUGAUUCCUGGUAAGGAUGGCCACACUCGUGUGGUUAGCCUUCAGCUGCCCAAUGGAAAAACUACAACGAGAGCUGUUAAGAAGAUCUGUCUACUGCCGCUGGACACCUAG